AUAUAUGCGGCAUCCUCUGGUCUUUAAAUAGCCUUCCUAUAUCCGCAUUAUAUCAGUAGUCGCAGUUGAAAUUACAUUGUAGUUAGGUGAAACAGCCCAGUGUGAAUCCAUUUUGUAUUUCUUCAAUCUGGACAUAUUGCUGGACGUCAUGACGAACGUUCCGACGCCAACUGGUUUGGAGAGCGCGGUGGCAGAGAGAGCAACUCUUCCCCGUCGCCAUUCAAGCGUCUGUCGGAACUUAUUUGGACCCGUCGACCAUGAUGCGCUGAACCGCGAGUUGAAGGCGAAGCUGAAGGAAAUAUCUGAACGAGACCAGCGUCGAUGGAAUUUCCACUUCGAGACAGACACACCGAUUCCCGGGAGUUACGAAUGGGAAGGACAGUCAGCGGACUCCACACCUGCCUUCUACCAGGAGUCGACGGAAGUUGGAGACAUGAGGGUUCAGGUUGUGACAUCAAACACAGACUAUAGCGCAGAGGUUGUCACUGAUCAUGUGCGUGGUUGUUUCCUCAACCAAACCCCUCUAUCAGACUGGGAACAGACUACACUUUGUUCCAAUGAAGUUAACCAAGAGAAUUGGUCCAAUUCCCCCAAUACGAGGAAAUUCAACUCCAAAUCAACACAAUGUAUUCGGCGUAAGAGGUCGAGGACAUUUUAUGAACGUGCAGUCAACGUUACUCAAAUUACAGAUUUUUUCCCAAAGAGAAGGAGAAGAUCAACGUCAGAGAUGAAGAGCACCCAGCCCAAUUCUUCCCUCUCAAUUCCUCUUGAACAAACGCCCCGCAAAGCACAAAUAAUUCGAUAAACAACGUGGACAAAUCGUACCAUUGCCUAUGUGGAAAAUUAGGCUCUCUGCCUCUUUUUGUUAUGUUAUUGUUAUUGUCUGUCUUGGACAAAAAAAAGAUGGAGUAACCAUCCAAAAUAUGUUGGCCUAUGUUUAUGCCAAAGUAACAAUGUUUUGUCUUUUAUUUAAAAUAUUGUUUAAUUUAUUUUAUUUAAGUUUCAAAUGUGUUUAAUUCAACUAAGGUUUAUGAGAUAUUGUUUGUCUGUUGACUUGUAUCCGUGAAAAAUACAAUUAAAAACGAUUUAGUUUACA